UUAUAUAAUACUGUGAAAGAGAGAAUAGAAUAACAUGGCAUUUCUAAACCAACAAUUGCCUUUAAAGUGUUCGAUGAUAUGUCUCAAAGACGUUCAAACGCGCAUCAAAUGUUCGACGAUAUGCUUCAGAGAGUCCAAAGCUCUUCAGAGAGCCCAGUCUCAUCAUCUUCUCAAGCUGAGAGCUUCCAAAGCUCUGGAUCUCGUCCUCGGCAACAGAAGCGACGACGACGAUGACGAGGAUAGUAGCGAUGACGACGGACCCUUUCUCAUGUCCGGUGAGGAGAGGAUGGAGCUGAGAAGAAAGAUAAGGGAAGUGAUGGACUUGCACCCAGAGGUAGAGGAAGAGAUGGAUCCGGAGAAGCUAAGGAUGAAGGCGCUGAAGCUGGCGAGAGAUUACUCUCUUGUUGUGGAUGAGGAGGAUCCUGAUUGGCCGGAGGAUGCUGAGGGGAGAGGGUUUAAGCUUGAUCAAUUCUUUGACAAGUUCUAUAUCAAAAACGUCAAGAAGGAUGAUGCGGAUGAGGAUGAUGAGGAGGAGAAGGAGAUUGUUUGGAAGGAUGAUAACUACAUCAAAGCAGUGAAGGAUAUCACAUCCAGUGAGUGGGAGGACACUGUGUUCAAGGAUUUCAAUCCUUUGGUCAUCCUUGUUCACCAUAGAUACAGAAGGCCAAAAGAGAAUGAGAAGGCAAGGAUUGAAUUAGAGAAAGCAGUGCAGAUGUUUUGGGACACUGGAUUACCUUCACCCAGAUGUGUUGCAGUGGAUGCUGUUGUUGAAGAUGAAUUAGCUUCUGUUCUUAAAGUAUCCAAGUUCCCUGAGAUCAUCUUCACUAAAGCCGGCAAAAUACUUCACCGUGAUAAAGUUGUUCGGAGCGGAGACGAGUGGUCCAAGAUAAUGGCAUUCUUUUAUUAUAAAGCAGUUAGGCCAGCAUGUUUGGAGAAAUCAGCUGGUGAGAACCAUGAGAAGAUUUCAUCCCUUUGAUUGAUGUUAUGAUGAUGAUGAUGAUGAUGAUUACUUGUGUGUAUAUCUGCAAGGAGUUGUUAAUUUGUGAAUUCAAUGUCUCAGGAAAUGAGCUUCUUCAUCUUAUUA